CGUAUGUACUUGAUGUAACAGUCGCCUUUUCAUAUUUGGUGAGACUGUUUUCUGUCGCAAGUCAUGAUCAUUUAGUAUUUUUCAGCUAUGUAAACGUUUUGUGCUCUUCCCAUUUUGCAGUAGUUUGACUUUAAAAAUGCGAUUUCAUAAUAUUAACUUUUAUUUAUGUAUAAUUCCAUGUUAUCUACAUCAUGUCAACAGUGAGUUGCCUUGUUGUCUUUGUUUAUAGUUCACAAAAACACUUAGUUCACAUUAUUUCUUCAUGAUUCUGACUAUUUAAAAAUCCAGCGUCCGAAGAACCUCCUUAUAUGACUGUAGUUUAAGUUUUGAUGUUUGUACCUACUAAACAUUUCCAAGCUCAGCUCAGUAUUUCAGAUAAUUAAAUUUCAUAAGCCUGUGCCGUACUAUUAUGUCAUUCUGACUAAGAUACAGCAUGUUAUUUGUUUAUGACGCGUCGUUUAAUGAUCAGUUUUGACAUAACUAGUAUGUUGUGCCUGCUAUACUUUGAGGUUUAUUCUAGUAAAACAUUUGUAGCAAUAACAAGAUUACUAAAAACAACAAGGAUGUCUGAGUAUUUUGUUGUACGAUAGAAAAACUGUACUUCAAGUAAUUGUGAUUUAUUCUUACCUUUCGGUUCAACACUUGUACUUCCCAAAUGGUUUUGAUGUCGAUAAAAGAGAAGGAAUUUAUAUUGAGUUGAGGAUUACUUAGUUUAGUGUACAUUAUGACUUCGUCAUAUCUUAGGUUAUCCGUCUCUUGUAAAUGGUAGUGUUUUACAGGCUUAGUAACGAUCUGAUCACAUGAGUGAAUAAUAUUCACAUUGGAAAUAUCCCAGUAUAAAGUGGUGUUGGUAAAUGACAAAACUAUUGAACCAACGUUCGUGGUACUUUGAUAACCGUAUGUCAAAAAGCUAGCCAAAAAUACUAAUUUAUCUCACUAAUAGCUCGGAAUUCACACUGUAUUUUAGAGCAAAGUCAUUUGUUCUGAUCAUACUGUAGAAACUGCAAAAAUGAUAAUACUCAAGACUUCUUCAUGUGUACUACACUUUAAAGUCUGGAUGACCAACUUCUCUCUACCGUUUACUUAAUGCUAUUGAUCCAAUACAUUUUUCGAAGUUGCUCGUAAAUCUUAAUUAGUCAAACAAGUAAGUAUAAGCAUUUAUAAAUCAUUCAGUAGAUUUAGUUUGUUGGGGCAUCUGAAAGUGUAAUCAGGUAAUUUUUUAAGCUUAAUAUAUUGUAAACACGUGAAAUAUUAGUUACUUUUGAGUUCAUAGUAUUGGUUAUAAGUCAAUGUUAUUUGAAUCAGCCUCCGAUUUUGAAUACCUUACGCACAUAUUUAUUUUAGACCCCUGAUUGACUUAGUUGCUGUCAGCUAGCGUAGAAGUACAUUUUUUAAAUCGUAACACUGGCUAUGUAAAUAAAUGUCUCUGGACGUAUAUAAGCAAUUGUUUUUCUUAUUUUUAUUACUUUUCUCAAAAUCUUUAUCCUGAUACAGCCCGAUAUAUUUCGUUCCAUAAUCUUUUUUUUGUUUUAAAAUACAUUAGAAUUUUUAACCUGUUAAUCUCAUUUAUGAUAUUACGACUCACCCGUUUCUAUCUUAAUAUAAAACUUAACUUUUCGAGCAAUAACUUAUUUGUACAAGGUCCUAAAUUGUUUAUGACUGACCGAUCGGUAAUGUACCUGUCAGUUUAUUUUUACUACGCUUCUUGGAUUAUUUAGUCUUAAAUGUUCGUAAAUGCAUAUAAAUAUUACUGUAUAUUAGAGUAAAGCCUGAUGAGGAUCUAAUCGAAAACAACAUUGUUCGCUUACAUAUGUUGUUCUAAAAAUACUGCGUCUAUGAUGCUCUUUAUAUAUCAUCAGUUUGGGGAAUUUCGUGCCGUAAAAUAUAUCUUAUGGAUCUUAGACCCUAAGUAUUAUUUCAGUCGCAUCACCUAAGAAGAGUAAUCAAAGGUCCUACGUUUAUUGUUGUUAUUACUUAAUUUUCAUAACCCUGAAUAAACUGUUUUUGUAGUUUCACACUCUUAAUACGACUGUUUUAGCGGAAAUAAAAAUUUUUUCGAAUCAACUCAGAAAUACUGUUUUUCUUGAUGAUUGCAUUUAUAAACCUACAGAUUACAUAGGUAAACACAUUCCCUCUUUUUAGUCAUCGGGAAAGCAGUCUAAUCUAUAUGUCCACAAAUAACCAAAUAAUUUAAAAUCUGGUUACUAAACGUGAAAAAGUGCUUAUUUAUAGGUAGAUCUCUUCCUCUUACAAGUAGUGGAGAAAGAUAAUGAAACGUUUUAUCACUCAAUAAUCAAAGUACGAAUAACGUCAAUUCAUAUGAAAUAUUUCUACUUAAACACAUAUCUAAGAAACUUCUACUGACAUCAGAUACAUCAAAAAUGAGUAAUUCAAAGCGACCAACCGUUAAUGUGCCUUUUAUAUUUCUCCAUGUUUAUCAUAAAAAUGAGCUAAUUGUAUACUAAAGGUUUGUAAUGAUAGAAUUUUAACAGUUUGAUAUAAAAGGUAAUGAAAAAGCACAAUAAUAUAUUGAAAGAUUCUUUACCGUGCAGUGUUUCUUUUGUUUGUUGGUAACAUGAUACUGACAAAUAGCAGACGAUUGCUAAAAUUAAGAUUUAUUUUGAACUUAUUAUACUCCUUUUGUAGUGUUAUACUGGUAAGUCUCUAGAUAUAUGCUGUUCCUGUCUUAAAAGGUUUAAACCUUUUGUCUUUUCUUUAUCAUAAAGAACAGUUUCGUAAAAUAGUAUAAUAUUUGGGAGUAGAUGUUUUAGCCUUCAUUCCUUCUCAAUGAGAGCACAACAGAUUGACAGCCAAUCAACAACGUGGAUUAGGCCUAAUCUAUGCGGACCGCCAGUGCUUAUGGAUCAAAAUACUUCUCAAGUUGUUCCUUCACAUUUAACAAACUCAGGUCAUUCGCAGCAAGUUAUGCUACAGCACCAACAACAAAGAGGUUCUAAUCCUGUUUUCCAAAGCCCCUUAAACGUUAUACAAGCCGGACCAGUCAGAUCAGGCUUGCAAAACCCAAGCCUUAUUUCACCAAAUCCAGCCUCCUUGGGAUUUAGACGACUAUUAGCGGAGAUGCGUACCAAGCAGUUUGAUUCCAUCCGCUUUGCAGCUUAUCGUACUGCGAGCAAGCUUAGAUUUAUUCAGCAGAGAACAUUAUUCAACAUAAUGGAUUUAUGGCGCGUGGUAGAGACAUUCAGAGAAUUCGGUUUACACCAACUGAAUGAUCCACAAGCAAGUUUAGAUUAUGGUAGUACAUUCCGUUUACUAUCACGUAUUUAUUCACAUAUACCUACCACAAAUAUGAAUAUGAAUACCACAACUGAUGAAACUACACCAAGUAACGCAAUCAAUCGACCUGCAAUAACUAUUGCAGCAGAAAUCCUACUUGGUUGGCUUGGAUAUGCUUUGGACUUAUGUGCAACUGGCCGACUUAGCGUAACUGGACUAAAAAUAACCUUAUCAACAUUAACUAAUGCGAGGCCAGCUGAUAAAUUUCGAUAUCACUUUACUCUUUUGUCCGAUCCCUCUGGUGCAUUAAUUUUCUCGAAAUUCGAGGCUUAUCUUCAAGAUUUACUCAAAUUACCUAUAAGUGUUUUCGAAGGCACAAAUUUCUACUACACGCCACAAGCUUCACAAACAAUGUUUACUGGGCGUUCUAAAAACGUAGUACUUGAAGAAUUUCUGGAUCGUAUGCUAUCGGAUCAAGGACCACAAAUAUUAGUAUGGCUUACGAUUUUUCACCGGUUAAUCAGUGUGGCGAGUGUCCGACAUAACGUACGAUGUGAGGGUUGCAAACGUGAACCGAUUUGCGGUCUACGCUACAAAUGUACUCGAUGUCCUCACUAUAAUUUGUGUCAAGAUUGUUUUUGGAUUGGCGUAACCACAGAUCAGCAUACAAAUGCACAUGAUGUGAAAGAAUAUAGUGCUGCUUCAAAAUCUCAUUCCCGUCAGUUUGGACAUUCUUUGAGAAAAUCGUUUCAAUUUGGACGGGCCAUUACUAACUCCACAACAUCAAAUGUUGUUACUACAUCUUUCACAAGUAGCUUCAGUGAACGUCAAAAAUUUUAUGGCAUGAAUGUUGCUCGUCGUCCUCAUGUAGGAUCUAUAUUCGAAUGGAAUUCAGACCCUUCUGUACCAACCGGCAUUAUUUCUUGCGUAAACGGCAUUGCGUCAGCUGUACAACCAUCUUCUGUAUCGAACGACAUUGCAACGGGUAUUUCUGCUGUAUGUCAUCCAAGCCAACCUGUUUCAAAUCAGAGAUUCAUGGCACCAGUGAAUACUAUUUGUAGUCCAUUGCCAAAUCGGCGCUUGCAACAGCUCAAUCCUUUAUUUUUAGCAACUCGACCGAGUACUAACUUAUCUAAUCUCACAUAUGUACCUCCCCAACCUGUACAAGUUCAACCUUCCCCUAACAGUUUGAACGAAUCGAAUCAAGGAUCGAGUGGUGUUGCACGAAAUUUAGUGGCCGUUACCUGCUAUACAAAUGUAAUGCAACAACAAGAUAUGAUUACUGCAGACUAUACAAGAGCCGGACACAAUAUUUUAUAUUCUGAUGUACCUCCUGGUUCACACAUGCCCAAUCUGUCAGGAGCAAAUCAUCAACCAUUACCUAUAUCAUGUUAUUCUCAACCUACCACAGACAUUUAUUCAAUUGGUAGUAAUCAAAAAUAUCAAUUAGCUACUACAACAACUGGACAGCCAGCUAUACAAUCUACUCCCAUAGUAUCUGUGAUUAAUAGCGAUAAUUUGAAUAACUCAAGCAUGGGAGCUAGUUUCUCGUUGAAAACGCACAAUCUUGAUCAAAAAUCUAAUGAAGAACAUAAUUUAAUUGCUAGAUAUGCUGCCCAGUUAGCUGCUGCUUCAGCGUUAAACCAAGAAUUCGAUAAAUUCGGUGAUUUUGUUGAGUCAACACAAACUCAAAAACAACUAAUCGCUCAACUACAAGAAAAAAACAGAAAAAUACUAAAAGAGAUUGAACGAUUACGAGUUGAACAACAAAAACAAGCAGCAUUUAUUGCUGCUGCUGGUUCCCUCAAACAUGAUUCUUCUGAGUUACAAGAUGUUUGUGACGAAGGUGCUGGUACACUUAGUCCGACAAAUUUAAAACAGUACUUAAAAACAGAUAAUUUAUUGGCCUCCGGAGUUGGCAAUUCAGUGAAUUCAGAAAAUCCUCGUUUGGUUGCUGAUCUACAGGCGCUUCGCCAAAGAAAAGAUGAACUGGAGUCGAGAAUGAGUAAUCUGCAGCGUAGUCGAACAGAUUUGAUGUUACAGUUAGAAGCAUUAGUAAGACUUUUAUCUGUCAGUACAGGAGCUACUAAUGCACGUGACAAUAAUCCUUCAGCGUUACUUGAUCUAAAUGAUAUUCGCCGAACAGGCCACAAUUCCCGACUAAAUCAAAAAGUUCCAGAUUAUCCACCAAGACGAAGUACAAGUUUAUGUGACCCAUCAGUUGGAAGAAGUUAUCAAGACAAUUUCUCUGCAGAAAGUAGGCAUGAUAGAACGAAUGGUGUUCAUCCGAAACCCGGUUCCUCGGAUAAUAUGAGUAAAAUAUUUUCCCCUUUAAAAACAAUUACGAUUGAAGAAAAAGGCGGACAAUGGAAUUUUAAAUUUCCUGAUGAUAAAAAGCAUGAAUUACACUCACCUUCAUCUAUUCCGUACAGACAUUCGCCUGAACUUGGUCAACAACGACCAUCAGAUACUCUGAUUGAAAAGUACAAAGAUUUAUUAUAUAAAGGGACAAAUCCACAAAUUGGAGCAUCAAAAUCAUUAAGAGUGCAUUUCGGUGGGCGAAGACCCGAUAUAGGACAGACCUUAUCAGCUGAUGAUAAAACUGAAUUUUUCGGUCAUAAUUCAGUAAAUGUGAACAGAUUGUCAUCAAAUCAUUCAUCACAACAUACAAAUCACUCGGACAGCGGAUCGGAUGCAUAUUUAUACUCAGAUCCUGAAUUAUGCUUUACAGUCAUCACAUCUACCUGCGGUUCAUCACAAUCUAGCACUUCAGUACCACAAAGAACAUUACAAUUACCACAAUUCCAUUCUAUAACUCCAUCAGCUGCUAAAACUUCAAAUAAAUCCAAAGAUUUUCUAGACCUUUUAAACGAUAAAAUUAUAACAACAACUACAAUUGUAGAUAAUUAUGAAUACGCUGGUUUACAGUCAUCAUCAAUCUCACCAUUAUCAUAUUCGUCAAAUGAACACACUAAACAUUUCAGAACUAACGUUAUUUCAAACAUUCCAGCUACAACUAAUCCUUAGUCAUCGAAACAGUAUUCAGCAGUUAUUGUGAUCAAAUUGAAUAUAUAUGUAUAUAAAAUAGGACAAAAUAAUUGAUUAUUAUACAAUCAUAUUCGAGUAAUGCUUCAUAGAAAUGAACAUUCUUUUGAUUUUAAACAAAAAGGGCAGAAAAUACAAAUCCAUAUCAUGCGCAACAAACAAGCGAAUCUUGAAAAUUUUGAUUCAUAUUUCAUCUCAAGCUUAGCAGAAGAAGGGAAGAAAUCUUUUUUUGUUGUUUCUUAUCUUAUUUCAUUUAACUUACUCUCUGUUUUUAUCGUUCAUUGUUAAUCAUUUGUAAUGUUGAUUAAAGAUUGUCAAUGUAAAUGUAAUUGUUUUCUCCAUGUAAACAAGCAGUUGUUUAUGCUUUCAAUUAUGUUUGUUGUACGUAAAAAAAAAGAAUUCACUUCCACCACCAUUUAUACUUUAUAU